UGCUCAUUUGAGUUGUUGUGUCAACAACCAUUAGGCUCACCCAUAUGUAUGUCGAUGGGCUCACCGAUGAGAUGUUUCUUCACCAGUGAAAGGACAAUGCUGAUGAGCACUAGCUCAUGAGGAGACAAUAUGCGAAGCAGCGACUGGAUGUAACAGCGGGAGAAACAUCGGAGACUUUUGAACCAAGGGCUGAAGUGAAUGAGCAGGAUCUGUUACGUUUGGAGGAAAAUGAGCAGCAAAGAAAACGUCUCGGUGCUAUUUUAAAUCCCAGCGAUCAACGGAACAUUCGUGAUGUGCAGACGGUGCUGAUUAAAGAAGAAUCAGAUGCAGACUGGAGGCCUGGUGUGGACCUGCAGGACCCAGAGUUCCUCAGCAUGAAGGAGGAAGAGGAGCCGUUCAGUGUGGUGAUGGAGACUGAUACAACCAGGACUUCAUCCACCAAAUUUCCAUUGGAAAAUGGGGAAGAGUUCCCUGCAGAUGUGCAGACGGUGCUGAUUAAAGAAGAGUCAGCUGAAGAUUGGAGGUCUGGUGUGGAUCAGCUGGAUGCAGAGUCCUUCAGCAUGAAGGAUGGAGAUGAGGAGCAGUUCAGUGGGAUGGAGACGGAUACCACCAGGACAUCAUUUAAUGCACUUUCUUUUCAGCCUGAGGAAGAUGAACCCCAGCUGUCGCUGCACUAUCGGCUCCAAACAGAAGAUCUUCCAGCCAGCAGGUCCACAUACCAAACAAAAGCAGCAAGAGGUGGAGAGGGUUGUAAAGGUGUAGAUAUUACCAGGAACCCACAUCUAAAUCCUCAUGAAGAGGAUUCCAGCUCUUCAGUGAACAAAGUCAGUGAGGAUGAUGAAGAUGACCAGGAUGGGAACAAUUCUAACUCUCGGCUGAAACUCUUGUCAGACUUUGAGCCAAACGCUGAAUAUGGCAAUAAAGUGAGGAAGAAGAGAAGGUCUUCUCAGCCAGGUGUCAACACCGUUAACAAAUCUUUUUUCUGCUCUGAUUGUGGGAAACCGUUUCUCCACAAGCGCUCCCUUCAGAGACAUCUGGCAAGUCAUUCAGGAAUUAAGUCUUCAAGAACUUUGGCUAACAAGAAAUGUGUUGGAGAGAAGAAGAAUGUAGAUUCUCACAGGAAAGACCCGAGUGGACAAAAAUCACUGUGUUGUGAUUACUGUGGUAAAAUAUUUAACAUGAAAUCAAACUUAAACUCCCAUGUGCGAAUUCACACAGGAGAGAGACCAUAUGCUUGUGAUAUUUGUGGCCAACGUUUUAGCCAAAAACCGCAUCUAAACACACACGCAAGAACCCACACCGGAGAGAAGCCAUUUGUUUGUGAUGUUUGUGGACAAAGGUUUAGCCGAAAGACGCAUUUGGACAGACACAUGAGAGUCCACACGGGACAAAAACCUUUCACUUGUGAUGUUUGUGGACAAACAUUUAGCCAAAGCACUAGUUUGAACACACACACAAGAAUCCACACGGGACUAAAACCUUUUUCUUGUGAGAUUUGUGGACAAAGAUUUAGCCAAAAGACAAAGUUAAACACGCACAUGAGAAUCCACACAGGGCAGAAACCCUUCGCGUGUGAUAUUUGUGGACGGCGGUUCAGUGAUAAAAGAAACCUAAAUACACACAUGAGGAUCCACACAGGACAGAAACCGUUCGCUUGUAAUAUUUGUGGACAAAGAUUUAGUAUUAAGACAAAUUUGAAGAGACACGUCAGAAUCCACACAGGAAGCAAAGCACUGAAUUGACUCUGGGCACAAAUGUGAGUCCACUCAGGAUGAAAAAGAAAGCAGCUCCUAGACACUGAUGAGACUUCACACAGAAUUAAAGGUGCAAUAAAUUAUAAUUUUACAGUGAAACAGUAAUCCAAAAGCUAAUGUCUCAGUCAUGUUAGAAGGAAGGUUCCAUUAUAACAUAUUUCCUUCUCAGACACCCCCAGGCGUUGUCAGUCACUUUCCUGUCUCCAUACUUCCUGGUUCCAGAGCCAGUCAUAUUUGAGCUCAUGGUGUCGCCAAGUCUGCACCGGCUGCAAUUUGUAAUGUGAUUCCUGCCAGCAAAGAGGGUCAGUGUUGUGGAAAGAAUGCUAGCCAGUACAAGAACUGGCCCAGAAGUUAUAUCUUGUACCCCUAAGAAGCCAGAACCUCCUAUUUGUUUUACUCUGAUAUCGGGUAAAGAAGACUAGAGGGUAACGUUGGGCAAUUAGAAAAAAAUAAAUAGAUCUAAAAAUAACUCAAGCUACUUUUUUUCUAUUACCAACAACUUGAUAUUACAAAUGUAUUUAUCGACUUACCAGCUUACAGUGUAUGACUCGUCUUUGCUCGUCAGUUGCUCAAAGCGGACUUGUUUGUUUUGAUACAUGGACUGCAGUACCCAAGUUUGACCAGAGGAUGUCAUACUCCAUUCACCUUUAAUAUUAUGCGGUUUCAAGAUUUGUUGUUAAACGCUCUGUGUUGUUUAACUAUUUUAGUUCUAAUUAAUGUUUGUGUAAAUAUUUUUAAUAAGAAAGUAAAAGACCAACUGUGCUGUUGCAACCAGAUACUGAUCGCUGAAAUUUGAAAAUGUUAAGAACUUACCAUUUAUUUAUUGUAAAAACGUUCUGAGUUUGAUUUCUUUGAAAAGAAAAUGUACAUGAUUUCUCUAACAAGAAACAUGUUCGUGUAUAGAUUAGUAUUACACUGCUCAAAAAUUAAAGGGAGACAUUAAAGAAACUAAAUCCUA